CAUGUGCCUAACCUCUUGCCCUGGCUGGGACCUUGUAAGAUCUGCUCUCUGAAGAUCUUCUCUACUCUGCAAUGGGAAAGCCAUUUGUAGCUCCUGCUCCCAUUGGCUGAGUGAAAAUGAUGAUCUCCGCAGCUCUCUGCCUCAUCGCCACUCUCCAGCUGCUCACCAGACUGGUGUCAUGUGACCAUAUCAACUUCUACAACGUCCGGCCGCCUGUGGAUACCACUCCAUUCCCAAAGAGCUUCAAGUGCUUCACCUGUGAGCAGGCCACAGACAACUACAGCUGUAACCGCUGGGCAGAGGACAAGUGGUGCCCACAAGAUACACAGUACUGCAUGACGGUUCACCACUUUAGUCACCAUGGCAAGACGCGGUUCGUGACCAAGAGGUGUGCGGCCAGGGAAGAGUGCCACAUGUCAGGCUGCCGUCACCACAGGGACACGGGGCACACGGAGUGUAUUUCCUGUUGCGAGGGGAUGGUGUGUAACGUGGAGGUGCCCACCAAUCACACCAAUGCUGUGUUCGCCAUGAGGCAGCAGGCACCAACCUCAGCCGCAUCCCACCACCACCACCACCACACCUCCUGGGCAGCCCUGUUGGUGCUCGGCCCCGUCAUUGCCGCUGGAGCUAUCCCACUGCUGUAACACUGGCAGGGACCGAUCAAACACUUCCCUCCCCGGCCAGGGAGAAAGGAAAAGGAGGAUCUGGGAUCCACACCAGUGGUGAUGUGAUGUGGUGGUGGCGUCAAUGAAGGUGCCCAGCUCCAGCAGAGCAGUACCUGGGGGCCAGGCUGAGGCAUGAGCUGCUGUACUCACUGGACGGACUGUAGACUUGGCGUCUGCAUCGCCCUGCACUGAGACUGCACCGCACACCGGUAGAUUCCAGAAUGUGUGCAGAAUGACCCCCAGACAUCCAAAGAGCAGUGUACGCACAGUACACUUGUGGCUUGACGCUCAGGACUCAGCAAGGAGAAACUCACUGGAAAGCAGCUUUGGCACUGGAAAUUACCAGACUGCUAGAUCCUUGAGGACAGCAGUCCCUAAAAAGACUUGAGAUAUGCUUGUACUCAAUACUGAAUGAAGAGACAUUCAUCCAUCAAGAAAGGAUGCUCGUAUUUUCAGUAUGCAUGAAAGCUUGAAUGCAGGGAUAUACGUAAAGCUGGAGCAGUCCUAAGACCGGAUCUGAUGAACUGUGGCAGUCUCUCUGACUACCCAUGGCACUAUUUUUUUAUCCCCCCCUAGGAACAACUUAAGCACUAGUGGACAUCAUGUUACAAAAGCAUAUUGUAAAGACUGUCAGGAUUAUCUGCUUUUGCAAAACAUUGUGGCCUUAUUUUGCAGGGUGUUUUUGAAAACAUUACCAGUGUCUUGAUCAUACAUGAUGGCGUCGUGGAAAAGGCUGGAAAUCAAAUUUGGAGCGCACAGGCAUGCAACAGGGCUUCUCAUGCCUAUUUAUCACUUGCAGUAAGUCAGACAACAAUGUCUGGACUUGAAACAUUUCCUGCUGCAAUGGGUUUCAUGUUAUUAAAUAGCAUUCCAGACUGGAUGUUACGAUGGUGACAGACACUGCCGGUGGUUGAACCUAUAGAGGCAUAGAGCCACUGGGAUGAUGUGACUGACUGUGGCAGGUUAUCAAACCAUAACAAUGUGGCAGAAAGAUGGGACACACAAUACCCCAUCCUACCCCAUCUCUCUCGCCCACCACUCUCCUGUCGUAUUUUCAUGGUCUUAUCACAAUAAAGGCAGU